UCAAAGAGGCAUUAUUGGUUCCUUUUAGUGGUAAAUUCGGCUGUUGCCCUGACAUGGCCCUGUAAUGAGCAGUCUUGCGAACGUUGGGCUAAGUUUGACUUACUGGGCUUUUCGAAGGAUGGAGGUAUCACAUUUGAUUUCAGGGAAUUUCGCUUUGUGCAAGCUAUGAUGUUCGCAAUUGAAGAAAUAAACAGGAACCCUACGCUGCUCCCGAACCUGACACUGGGUUACCAGAUUUACGAUUCUUGUGGCAUGCCGUCCUUGUCUAUUAAAGCAGCCUUGAAGAUUUUGGAUGGGCAAAAGGAUGAUGUUUCAGAUGAUUACUGUAGGAAUGUAAAUGCUAUUGUUGCUGAUUCUGGAUCCUCACAGUCCACCGCAGUUUCAAGGUUACUAAGCCCUUUCAGAAUUCCCAUGCCCAUGUUGAUAGCUCAACACCACACACACAUGCCACCAACCACAAUCUUUGAUUUUGUGAAGGACAAGGUCAGUUAUUUUUCCACAUGUGAUUGUUUGAGCGACAAGAAAGAGCAUCCAUCAUUUUUCAGAACAAUACCCAGUGAUUACUUUCAGGCAAAGGCAUUGGCACAAAUAGUGAAUCAUUUUGGAUGGAAUUGGAUUGGAACAAUCAAGAGUGACAAUGACUAUGGUAAUUUUGGAAUGCAAGCAUUCACAGAAGCCGUGCAGCAGUUGAGAGUUUGCAUUGCCUUUUCUGAGUCCUUUUACAGAACGUAUCCGAGAGAAAAAUUACUCAAAACUGUUAGAGUCGUGAAGGAAGCAAGCACAAAAGUUAUUGUGGCGUUUGUUGCUGAACGUGACAUGGAAAUUUUGCUGAAGGAGAUUGCAAGACAAAACAUCACAGGCAUUCAAUGGAUAGGAAGUGAAGCCUGGAUUUCCACACCAAUCCUUCCAUCGGAAGAAAGCCGAAGGUUUCUUAAUGGAGCAUUAGGAAUCUCAAUCCCUCAAGCAAAUAUCCCCGGUUUUCAGGCAUUUUUGUUUCAAGCGCACCCUUCUUCAGACGAAGGAAAUAGUUUACUCAAAGAAUUUUGGGAAACAACUUUCAAUUGUCGUCUAAGCUCUGCAAAGAAUCAGGCAAAUGGAACAGAAGAAACUUCUGAAUGUACAGGCAGAGAGAAUUUAAAAACCAUUAAAAAUACCUAUACUGACGCAUCUCAGUUGAGAGUUACAUAUAACGUGUACAAGGCAACGUACGCUAUAGCGCAUGCUCUGCACAAUAUGCUCAGAUGUGACUCGUUGGAAAAAGCGUCCCGGAAGAACACAUGUGACAAUCCGUUCGAUUUUCAAUCACAACAGCUAUUGCACUACUUGAAAGCGGUCAACUUCACCACGAAGACUGGAGAAACUGUGCACUUCAACGAAAAUGGGGAUCCCGUUGCAAAGUACGACAUUGUAAAUUGGCAAAGCGCAGGGGGUGGUACUGAUAUAGUUACGGUGGGAUAUUAUGAUGGAUCUGCGCCUCCAGGCCAAGAAUUCACCAUUAACGAAGAAGCAGUUAUUUGGAGUAAAGGACGAAGAAAGGUACCACAGGCAAUUUGCUCUGAAAGUUGUACUGCUGGAACAAGGAAAGCUGCCAGAAAACAACAACCUAUUUGUUGCUUUGAUUGUGUCGAGUGUGCUGAAGGUGAGAUCAGUAAUAUUACAGAUUCAAUUGCAUGCCUGAAAUGUCCUUGGGAUUAUUGGCCAAAUGAACAGCGAAACCAAUGCAUACCGAAGAUAAUUGAAUUUCUUUCUGUUGAGGAGGUCAUGGGAAUUGUUUUAGUGACACUGGCAUUAAUUGGAACCAGCUUCACAGUGACUGUAAUUGUAAUUUUCUGUAUUCACAUCAACACUCCUCUUGUUAAAGCCAAUAACUCAGAAUUAAGCUUUCUGCUCCUUUUUGCUUUAGUGCUCUGCUUUCUCUGCUCAAUAAUGUUCAUUGGAAAACCUUCAAACUGGUCUUGCAUGCUACGCCAUACAGUGUUUGGUAUAAGUUUUGUGCUCUGCAUUUCUUGUGUUUUGGGCAAAACCCUGGUUGUAAUGGUGGCCUUUAAGGCAACCUUUCCUAACAAUAAGAUGAUGAAGUGGUUUGGGCCAGUACAACAACGCCUGGCCAUUUUCAUCCUUACAUUUGUACAAUGCGUAAUAUGCACGACCUGGGUAAUUAUAUCACCACCCUAUCCAUUGAAAAAUAUUAAUUAUUUUAAAGAUAUUAUUAUUUUGGAAUGUGAUGUUGGGUCUGUGACCGCUUUUUAUUUGGUACUUGGUUAUAUUGGAUUUUUGUCUUGUGUUUGUUUUGUGGUUGCCUUUCUAGCCCGUAGACUGCCAGAUAAUUUCAACGAAGCUAAAUUUAUUACUUUUAGCAUGCUUGUAUUCUGUGCAGUUUGGAUAACAUUCAUUCCUGCUUAUGUGAGUUCCCCUGGCAAAUACAUGGUGGCUACAGAAGUGUUUGCCAUUUUGGCAUCCAGCUUUGGCCUACUUUUCUGCAUUUUUGUUCCUAAAUGUUACAUUAUCCUACUGCGACCAGAGAAUAAUACAAAGAAACAUUUGAUGUGUAAAGUCACUUGAAAUAAAAGAUACUUCUUAUUUUUCCUCUAUGUUACAGCUGUGUGAUAGUUUCGCCAUUUUAUCAGAGCAGUAACAGUUAAAAUGAUUAAUUUGUGAGAUCUGGUUUCAUGUCAUUGGCUUGUAUCUCAAAUAUUACAGAAAAUUGACUUGCAGCAUAGGAUUUAGGAGCAGGAUUACGCUAUUCGACCUUUCUAGCAUGCUCCAUCAUUCAACAGUAUCGUUGAUGAUCUGGUUCUGGUUGUAACCCUGUUUUCCUAUGUGCACUGCCCUCCUGUAACCCAUUGCAUAAGAAGUGAUCUAACUGAGAUGUUUAAAAUGAUGAAAAGGAGGUGAAUGUACACAUAUAGGUUAACAAUUUCCUCCAGUGGAAACAUCCAGGAUUGGACAUAGCUUUAAAAUGUUGACAAAGCAAUGCAGGUAUCAAGGCUGGAGGCAUUUUUCCAUGCAAAAAUUGAGAGAAAUCUGCAAAUUUCUCAUCCAAAAUACAUUGAAACCAAUAUGUAAAAUCUAUGAUUGAUCAAUGUUGUGAGGUCACAUUAAAAAGGCAAGAACUUGACUGAAGGUACGGGUUAACAAUAAUCUAACUGAAUGAGACACAGUCUCAAUGGGGUGAAUGACUUACUCCUGUACCUGUGUUCUUCUGUGAUUUUU